GCAACCGGUUCUCUCUCUAGUAUACAGUAUAUACUCUAGCGUAAGGGAUGCGGCGUUAUCUCCGCCGAUAGCGCUUAUACCCCGCGACCUUGAUGCCGCGAGCGCCUCGGGAAAAAAUCCUCGCGAGCUCGAAUUUGCGCAUAACUCCGUAUCAUCCUCUCCCUCUCUCUCUCUCUCUCUCUCUCUUUGCGCGCAUUAUUUUUCCCUCCUCUCUUUUUUCGGUCCAUCGCUCUCCGCUCUUCCUUCGCGGAGUAAGAAAGAGAGAGAGAGAGAGAGAGAGAGUCCUGCGCGCGUAAUUGGGGUCCUGUGCGUGGCAGCAUCAGCGGCAGCAGCGGCAGCGGUGGCGGCGGCGCUGCCGGGACCGCGGGUGGGGGCAGCCCUAUGUAUAAAGCCCUGGGUCAGCCAUGGACCAGCGCAUCUUCAGCCGGCGAAACGAGCCCGCCGGACACACGAGCUCUUCUCUCCGCUGUAGCGAAUCUGUUCGAAUUGCACUCACGGCAUCUUCUAGUUUGUUGUAUCCAAGUGCGACGAUUUUUUUUCUUCACCGGUUUUCUUUGUCAUUCGAACGACACGGUAUCCACGAUGAAGCUUUACGUGGUCGUCGCGGUGUGCUUGUUGGCGACGGCGGUGACCGAGGCGAGGAGGACGAGUCGGGGGCGGCAGAACCGCGGCCGCAGCGAAGGAGCAUCGACCUCCGUGGACGCGGGCUUCUGGGACCCGCAGCAGGACAUCUCCCCGAACGCGGUGGACCCGGUGGUACCGGCCCAGAACAUCGAGAGUCGUCAGUACUACGGUGGUAGCAGUGGCGGCGGCGGUGGAUAUCCCGGUCAAGGAGGUUCCGGCGGAUAUCCCGGUCAAGGAGGUUCCGGCGGAUAUCCCGGCCAGGGUGGUUCCGGCGGAUACCCCGGCCAGGGCGGCACCGGUGGAUAUCCCGGUCAAGGCGGCAGCGGUGGUACCGGUGGUACCGGCGGCACUGGUGGUACCGGUGGUACCGGAGGCUCUAACGGCUCCGGUGGCACCGGGGGUACCGGAGGCACCGGCGGCAGCGACGGCUCCGGCGAGAUCCCCAACGAGAUCCCCAACCCCAUUCCCGGAAAGCCCGGCAAGCCCGUGAGACCGGCCGGCUGCCUGAAGGACAGGGGCCAGUUCCCCAGCCCGAAGAGCUGCUCGCACUACCUCAACUGCUGGGACGACGUGGUAAUCGAGCAGCAGUGCCCCAACGGGCUGCUCUUCAACGAGAAAAAGCAGUUCUGCGACUUCGACUACAACGUGCAGUGCGGCAACCGAGCCAAGCCCACGCCGAAGCCACCACUAGCCGAGGGAUCGAAGCGAUGCCCGGACUUGAACGGAAGGUACAGAAGCGGGACCAAUUGCUCGGUGUUUUACGUCUGCGUCGCCGGAAAGCCGAUCAAGUUCAGCUGCCCCGCGGGACUAGUCUACAGUGAGGAGACGCAGAUCUGCGACUACCCGAACAAGGUCGACUGCAAGGGCGCAGCGACUCCGAAGCCCCUGCCGAGCACCAGCACCACCGAGUCGUCCAACAGCGGCGGCAGUUCCGGCGGCACCGGAGGAUACCCCGGCAACAACCCCGGCAACGAGAACCCCAACCCCAACCCGUCCUACCCCCAGCAGCCCGAGCUACCCGGACCCAUCAACCCCUACAACAACAACCCUAACUCCUUCCUCCUGAGAGGCGGCUUCCAUCACGGCAUCCACAAACCCGAGCCCACACCUCCGGCCGUCUACAACUGGCAACACCAGCAGCGACAGGCCUCCCUCAGUUCCGAGCUCGAGCAGGACAUCCAGAAGGAGCAGGAGGUGGCCCAGCAGGCUACGGAGGACGAGGAGUACGAGUCGUCGACGAUAGCGACGAGCCCGUGGGAGGUGUUCCACACGAUUCCCCAGGACUAUGCCAAGGUUCCCUGCGAAAACGGCGAGGUCCACCGACUUAACGAGGCCUGCACGAGCGUCGUCGUCUGCAGAAGUCGCAGACCUCAGCUCAUCAACUGCCAGACGGGCUACGCCUACGACAAGCCCUCGGACGCCUGCAGGCCUUUGAGCAUAGCCAAAUGCUAGCCGUAAGGGAGCACGACGUCGCCGCGACGAGGCCCGUCGCCGACGGCAACACAGACUGAGAGGAUCUGACACGAGGAGGGAAGAAUCUCGUACUUUUAAUUAUUUUAUUCUAGGAUUAAGUGAUACGCGCCCCCCGGCGCUAUACGUGGUCGCGGCGAUCAAACGGAGCGACUCGAAUAGCGCUUAGUCUGUAUUUAUUCUUUAAUAAAUUAUACACUAACUGAUACAUUUUAAA